AUGGGGACCAGAAGGAGCAGCACUACCAGUGGCAGUCAUGUAAGGUUCUUUUCUAGAGGUUGACUGCAGCCCUGUGGUGCCGUCUUUCUCUGGUCUCUGAUGGAAGAAGAAAGGACUUCUCUAUAGUUCCUUGAAUAAACAGUUGUCAGAGGGUGCUAUUCUGGAAGCCCAAACCCAUCUCUGGACAUGAGAUGUUGCAUUUGAAAAUACAUCUUGCUGCAGCUUUAUCAAGUUGGCUGCAUCACCGCUUGGUAUGGCAACUGCUUGGCAUCCCGAUCGUAAGGCUCUACAUUGGGUAGUGCAUACGUCCAGGUACAUCACUGGGGCUGAGCUCCCUGCCAUCCAGGACCUCUAUACCAGGCGGUGUCAGAGGAAGGCCGAAGAAAAAUGUCAGACUCCGGCCACCCAAGUCAUCGACUGUUCUCUCUGCUACAACACGGCAAGCGGUACCGGAGCGCAAAAUCUAGGACCAAAAUGCUCCUGAACAGCUUCUACCCCCAAGCCAUAAGACUGCGGAACAGUUAAUAAAAUGGCCACCCGGACUAUUUGCUUUGACCCCCUUUAAAAAAAUUAAAAAAUCUGCACUGACUCUCUGCACCCUCACUGGACUCUACCUGCACACUCACACAUACCACACUGACACUUCAACACUCACACGACAUACACUCACACACACACACACAACAUACACAUAUUGAUGCCACACUCACACACACACACACACACACACACACACACACACACACACACACACACACACACACACGACAUACACAUAUUGAUGCCACACACACAGACAACAUACACAUUUUGAUGCCACACACACACACACACACACACACACGACAUACACAUAUUGAUGCCACACACACACACACACACACACACACACACACACAGACACACACACACACACACACAUACUCUGCUGCUACUCUGUUUUAUUUUCUAUCCUGAUUGGCUAGGAGAGGAGGAGCUGGAGGGGGAGGGGGUGAGAGGAGGAGUUAGAGGGGGUGGGCGGGGUGGGCGGGGAGAGGAGGAGCUGGAGGGGGGGGGGAGAGGAGGAAGACGAGGUGGAGGAAGGAGAGGUGAAGGAGAGGAGGGGACUGUGGCUCAUUGGGAGAACUGCGGAGGUGGGUGGGUGGGUGGGAGGGAGGUGUACUGCCUGAUGGAAUAAUUGCAGAUGUGUGAUCUAGGCAGUGUUUUGAUGGAUGUUUCGAAGGCUGUUUGUAGAAGUGAGGCCUCGGAGGUCAGGAGGAUGGUGUUAAAUCCACAGCAGGCCGGGCUGUGUUCAUUGGGGCACAUAACAUAAAAUGUUUUCAGAUGUUUUGCAGCAGAAAAUAAAAAUUAACAUUUCUUAUUGGACAAAUCCAGUUAAUCCCUUGUUGCCUCAGUGUUGUUCGGUUUGGUGCCUAUUGAACAGGACCCUGUUCUCCUGGAAGCUGUGUGAACAGCCUGUUGGUUUAGUCUACAUCAUCUGUUCUCCUGGAAGCUGUGUGAACAGCCUGUUGGUUUAGUCUACAUCAUCUGUUCUCCUGGAAGCUGUGUGAACAGGCUGUUGGUUUAGUCUACAUCAUCUGUUCUCCUGGAAGCUGUGUGAACAGGCUGUUGGUUUAGUCUACAUCUGUUCUCCUGGAAGCUGUGUGAACAGCCUGUUGGUUUAGUCUACAUCUGUUCUCCUGGAAGCUGUGUGAACAGCCUGUUGGUUUAGUCUACAUCAUCUGUUCUCCUGGAAGCUGUGUGAACAGCCUGUUGGUUUAGUCUACAUCAUCUGUUCUCCUGGAAGCUGUGUGAACAGCCUGUUGGUUUAGUCUACAUCAUCUGUUCUCCUGGAAGCUGUGUGAACAGCCUGUUGGUUUAGUCUACAUCAUCUGUUCUCCUGGAAGCUGUGUGAACAGCCUGUUGGUUUAGUCUACAUCAUCUGUUCUCCUGGAAGCUGAGAGAAUGCCAAGAGUGUGCAAAGCUGUCAUCAAGGCAAAGGGUGGCUACUUUGAAGAAUCUCAAAUCUAAAAUAUAUUUUGAUUUGUUUAACACUUUUUUGGCUACUAGAUGAUUCCAUGUUUAAUUUCAUAGUUUUGAUGUCUUCACUAUUAUGCUACAAUGUAGAAAAUAGUAAAAAUAAAGAAAAACCGUCGAAUGAGUAGGUGUCUAAACUUUUGACUGGUAGUGUAUAUAUUUUGUAUUCAUUGGGGUUCCCUGUACUGAAUGGUUUGGUACGAAUAUGUGCUCCGUUACGCCCCUAUUAUAUACCCUGUUGUAUUUUCCUGUAUUGACUACCAUAGAGUACCGGUGUAUUUAGCUGGGGUUACUAUGGCGUUGACUCACGUCGAGUAACGGUGUAUUUAGCUGGGGUUACUAUGGCGUUGACUCACGUCGAGUACCGGUGUAUUUAGCUGGGGUUACUAUGGCGUUGACUCACGUCGAGUAACGGUGUAUUUAGCUGGGGUUACUAUGGUGUUGACUGACGUAGAGUACCGGUGUAUUUAGCUGGGGUUACUAUGGCGUUGACUCACGUCGAGUAACGGUGUAUUUAGCUGGGGUUACUAUGGUGUUGACUGACGUAGAGUACCGGUGUAUUUAGCUGGGGUUACUAUGGCGUUGACUCACGUAGAGUACCGGUGUAUUUAGCUGGGGUUACUAUGGUGUUGACUGACGUAGAGUAACGGUGUAUUUCUGUGUUUCCUGCAGUUCUACCUCCAGGACACUAAGAGCAGUAACGGGACGUUCAUCAACAGCCAGCGUCUGAGCCGGGGGUCCGAGGAAAGCCCCCCCUGUGAGGUCCUCUCUGGUGACAGCAUCCAGUUCGGGGUCGACGUCACAGAGAACACGCGCAAAGGUACACACAACAAUGAUGUCAGGUAUAUGGUACACAACAAUGAUGCGUACUCCUGAGUGGCGCAGUGGUCUAAGGCACUGCAUCGCAGUGCUAACUGUGCCACUAGAGAUCCUGGUUCGAAUCCAGGCUCUGUCGCAGCCGGCCGCGACCGGGAGACUCAUGGGCGGCGCACAAUUGGCCCAGCGGCGUCCAGGGUAGGGGAGGGAAUGGCCGGCAGGGAAGUAGCUCAGUUGAUAGAGCAUGGCGUUUGUAACGCCAGGGUUGUGGGUUCGUUUCCCACGGGGGGCCAGUAUAAAAAUAUAUGUAUUCACUAACUGUAAGUCGCUCUGGAUAAGAGCGUCUGCUAAAUGACUAAAAUGUAAAUGUAAAUGUAAGGUAUAUGGUACACAACAAUGUGUAUGGUUAGUACACAUCAGAGUUGGAAAGACCCCAUAUCUUUUUUUUUGUUCCGUUCCACUGUUCCGACCAGCAAAAUAAAGUUCGGAACCUGUUCGAACCCAUAAAACGUUCAUUUUUAAACCUCUGAAAUCUACUUUUAAAAAAAAAAACAUUUUGCACUACAUUAAAUUCACCAUCGGGUAGAGCAGCUUGCUAUGUAUCCAUUGGGUAGUGUAAUAUGCGACUGACAUUUGGCGGGUGAGGAGAGCGCUGGGCAUGAGGCGCUGGGCAUCUUGUUGUUAUGACAUGCAUUAUCAGAAUUAUACCUACGGAGGAGAGGCUUCUGUGAAGGAACUUUGAAUGUCCUUGAACUUAAUUGAGUUGGCUUAGCUAACGUUGGACCAGAGCUAGCCCUUGGUCAUGACUCUCAGUUCCGUUACAUUACACAUAAUACCGCCUGCAGUUUGAGAGCUGGACCAGAGCUAGCUAACAAGCUAGCUAGCUAGCUAACAAGCUUGUGUGUGCAGAGCGGCCACCAGAAUUUAAAUAAAAACACGUCUUACCUUUUUGUAGUUAAUAAAUCCAAUGUGAAACUUGAUAACACUUGCAUUGAAAAAGUGAAUCCAUUGUUGUCUAAUUUAAAAAAUCUCUCUCCCUCAUUUCUGAAUCACGCCUUUAACGCCAGUAGCUACAGCAGACUUAGCGCCAGUAGCUACAGCAGACUUAGCGUCAGUAGCUACAGCAGACUUAGCGCCAGUAGCUACAGCAGACUUAGCGCCAGUAGCUACAGCAGACUUAGCGUCAGUAGCUACAGCAGACUUAGCGCCAGUAGCUACAGCAGACUUAGCGCCAGUAGCUACAGCAGACUUAGCGCCAGUAGCUACAGCAGACUUAGCGUCAGUAGCUACAGCAGACUUAGCGUCAGUAGCUACAGCAGACUUAGCGUCAGUAGCUACAGCAGACUUAGCGCCAGUAGCUACAGCAGACUUAGCGCCAGUAGCUACAGCAGACUUAGCGCCAGUAGCUACAGCAGACUUAGCGCCAGUAGCUACAGCAGACUUAGCGCCAGUAGCUACAGCAGACUUAGCGUCAGUAGCUACAGCAGACUAUGCGUGCUUCGGGGGGAGGGGCAGGUAGCCUACACACACUGGUAAAGAUGUUCAGCUGGCAGACACUGGAAUACAUUUCUGAGUGACAGCGAGGGCUUUGUUCCUUGAACCAGUUCCAACCCCUGGUUUGAAGUGACUAAAACGCAACAAAACUAUUGGGAAGGUCAGAAGAUAAUCAGGCAAUAAUUUUGUAUGAUCUUCUGUGGAGAAAAGAACAUCCUCAUUGAUGUUCUGUCUCCCCCCCCCCCCCCCCUCCAGUUUGAUUUUAGUGCCUGGUCUUGUCCACUCUGUUCUAAUGAGGCGUGUGUAGAGGGAAACAGAAGACACACGCGUGUUCCUGAGAGUCUUCUCUUUCAGUGAUGGGGUCAUAAUAUUCACUAUCUUAAAACGGUUCAAGUGAGAGAAGCACAUUAUUGGGAAGAAAACCUCUGUUUAUUACAUUUGUAUCUAACGGUUACCGGAGGUUACUCUGAGGUCUAGCCUGUGGUAUAGUCUGAAAGCCCUCAAUUGUACUAAAUGGGGCAUUCUGGGAAGUACGUCCAUCGCUAUGGUACACGUAGAGGGCUACACAACAUAAAGGCUAUUAUCCCCCCCCCCCAAAGUGUGCACUUGGUCACAUCCCUUCACUGAUUUGAAAGGGAAUAACUGGUUAAACAAAUAUGGUAGAAAUUAGCCCAUAGGGGUGUAACGGUACAUGUAUUGGUACUGAACUGUUCAGUGUGGGGACCUCGGUUCGGUCCGCACUGUGAACCCGUGUAAAUACAUAAAACAAUAUUUACCAAAUAGAAAACACUAGGCCUGUAGACUUUGCCUAUGCUGCAUUGUAGGCUUAUGCCUCUUGAGUAAAUCUGAGCUGAAAAAACUAUUCAGGCCUAUUUCCACUAAUACAGCCACAUGUUGUAAUUAACAUUCAAAUCUUAAUUGCCGCAUUUCAAAUGGUCCUUUUUGUGAGGAGCAACUGAGAACUAGUUCUGUACGAUGGGGUUGAUCAACCGGAAUUGGGAGGGUCCUCCAUCCUGUUUAAAUGUCCAGUUUAGGAACAUUUUGUAUUCCCAGUAGAUUAAAGCUGCGAUGGACAGAGUUGUGGAUAAAAAGUUAAAAGUAUGUUGACGGCAAUAGCCUAUGCAGCUGCCAACACCUCAAAUAUCUGACAGGUUUACACUGACCUCACCCCAUUAUUCUGGAGCAAGACGGUAGCACAAAAACAUGGUCUCCCCUCUGCAUUCAAGCAGCCCUUGGACAAAGACAUUACAAGAGCGAUCGUUAGGUUAUGUUUAUAUUUUUUACAGUCUAUGAUUUAUAGCCGCAGAUAUUCGUGGUUGAGAAGAAUAGGGGGUUUCAGCACCUCGUGAAAGUGCUCGAGCAACGUUACGAACAUCCCUCUUGCACCCAUUUCAGCCAACGGGUAGUACCCACUCUAAUAAUAGCAAGCCAAUGCAAAGGUUUUCAAUGAAUUGGCCAAUGCACCCUGUAACAGUGACAUCACAUUUUCCGCGCUACAGACACGCCCCCUUUGAGUCACAAGUGUGCAUCUGCCACUGAAGGAGGCAGUGUCGUGGUGCGUUCGUAAACCAAGUGGGAAUUUCAAUACAGCAGGUGUAGACCUUACCGUGAAAUGCUUACAGACGAGCCCUUUCCCAACAAUGCAGAGUUCAAAAGUAAGACGACAUACAGUGCGUUCGGAAAGUAUUCAGACCCUUCACUUUCUCCACAUUUUUGUUACGUUAGUCUUAUUCUAAAAUGUAUUAAAUUGUUUUUUCCCUCAUUUAAUCUACACACAAUACCCCAUAAUGACAAAGCAAAAGCAGGCUUUUACAAUUUUUGCAAAUGUAUUAAACAUAAAAAUAAAAAUAAACACAUUUACAUAAGUAUUCCAACCCUUUACUCAGUAUUUUGUUGAAGCACCUUUGGCAGCGAUUACAGCCUCAAGUCUUCUUGGGUAUGACGCUACAAGCUUGGCACACCUGUAUUUGGGGAGUUUCUCCCAUUCUUCUCUGCAGAUCCUCUCAAGCUCUGUCAGGUUGGAUGGGGAGCGUCGCUGCACAGCUAUUUUCAGGUGUCUCCAGAGAUGUUCGAUCGGGUUCAAGUCCGGGCUCUGGCUGGGACACUUUACUGCAUUAUGAUACAACUGGACUUACCAUGUAUUGGUCUACCUGUAUUAUACUGGACUUACCAUGUAUUGGUCUACCUGUAUUAUACUGGACCUAACGUGUAUUGGUCUACCUGUAUUAUACUGGACUUACCAUGUAUUGGUCUACCUGUAUUAUACUGGACUUACCAUGUAUUGGUCUACCUGUAUUAUACUGGACUUACCAUGUAUUGGUCUACCUGUAUUAUACUGGACUUACCAUGUAUUGGUCUACCUGUAUUAUACUGGACUUACCAUGUAUUGGUCUACCUGUAUCAUACUGGACUUACCAUGUAUUGGUCAACCUGUAUUAUACUGGACUUACCAUGUAUUGGUCUACCUGUAUUAUACUGGACUUACCAUGUAUUGGUCUACCUGUAUUAUACAGAUGUUUAACUUUACCCUGCUUUAGAGACUGGGAGAAAUGCUAGUUUUACAUUUUAUUUUAUCUUCAAACUCUCUUAGUUGUCUUUUUAAUAUGUCAUCUAACAAUGACCCUUUUUGGAGCCUCGUCAGUGGAUCUUUAUGGUUGGUCAUUGUUUAUAUAGGAUUGUGGUGGUGUUUGACAAUAACAUGAUAACACGUGUGUUCCAGUUACUCAUGGCUGCAUAGUUUCUACAAUCAAGCUGUUUCUACCGGACGGCAUGGAGGCUCGACGACGAUCAG